UAUAAUUUUUUUACAUUAAUUUUAGUAACAAAAAAUUAUGUUAAGUAAAAUAAUUUUGUCCCUGUUGCUUGUUGUUGCUACAUCAGCAAAGAAAUGCUCCAAGUCUUGCGAAAAGAUAUCACCUUAUCCUACAAAUUUUUUUGAAGACAUAGUUCCACAUUUUGUAAAUAAUAGACCCACUGUAGGAGUUGUAGCAAUGGAAAUACUUGGUCAGAAAAUGCUGGUAGAAGUUCCUUGGUCUGAGAACAAAGAUUACUUUGGAAGCUCUUUUGUAAAACUUUUGGACGCGGCAGGAGCAAGGGCUGUACCAAUUAAAGAGGAUAUUACUAAAAAAGAUUUAAAUAUCCUUUUGCACAAAAUAAAUGGAGUCAUUAUACCAGGUGGUGAUGCUGACAUUGGAGAUUCCGGUUAUGAACGAAUUUCAAAGCAAAUUAUCAACCACUCAAAAAAAAUGGCAAAAAAAAACAUUACUUUUCCUGUACUUGGAAUAUGCCGUGGGGCUCAGAUGAUGAUGAUUGCAGAAGCAGACAAAGACUUUUUAGUUGAGACAGACUCCUUAAAUUACAGCAUUCCGUUAGACUUUACAGAUGAAGCGCGAGAAAGUCGCCUCUUUGGACAUGCCCCACAAGGAUUGUUUGACGCUCUUGGGACAAAAGCUAUAACUUUUAACGCGCAUAAAGCAGGCAUUCCAACCGUAAACUUCUACAAUAACACAAAGCUGAUGGAAACCUUUAGAGCAAUAUCAACAAAUUAUGAUCGAAACGGCACUCAAUUUAUAAGUACAUUUGAAGGUCGACAUGCACCUUUAUACGGUCUUCAGUGGCAUCCUGAAAAAUCUCUAUUUGUUUUUAAUCCAGUUCUGGCAGUGGACCAUUCCAUCAUUUCAAUUAUAGCUGCCCAAUACAUAUCUAACUUUUUUGUUUCAGAAACACGAAAGAAUCCUAAUUCUUUCAGAGAUCGAGCCGAUGAACAAAAUCAUCUUCUUUUAAGUCAUUAUCCAACAUAUGUAGGUAACAUUACUGAGACACCAUAUGAACAAAUAUAUCUCUUUGACUUUGAAAAACCGUACCAAAAAGGAAAGAAACCAACAGAGUUUUAAGUAAACAUUUUGGUUUUGUAAAACGUAACACAAGAUUAGUUUGUAAAUAAAAGAUAUGGUAAACGUUUUGGAAAUAACUCUGGGAAAAAAACUUGCAAUACCAUCUAACUUAACUCAUUUCGAAGAAGAAAACAAAACAAAACAAAAAAAACAAACAAACACGCGUGUUAACAUAUUGUGAUUAUUUUUGAAACUAUUUUUUUUUUAAAUACCCAUAAUAUUAUUUUUUUUUAAAGCGGAAAUGAUAUUGUUGUAUUAUAUUUGUUUCGUUUAUAAAAAGAUAUAAAUUCAUUUGACUUCACCUUCA